UUUCCCACCAUUCCUCCCAAAUCCUCAUCACUAUUAACCACUUCCAGUCCGGACACUCCCCCCCCCCCUUCCUGUACGGACACCCCCCCCUUCCAGUCCAGACACUCCCCCCCCCCCCUUCCAGUCCGGACACUCCCCCCCCUUCCAGUCCGGACACUUUCCCCCCCUUCCAGUCCGGACAAUUUCCCCCCUUCCAGUCCGGACACUUUCCCCCCCUUCCAGUCCGGACACUUCCCCCCCCUUCCAGUCCGGACACUUUCCCCCCUUCCAGUCCGGACACUUUCCCCCCCCCCCCUUCCAGUCCGGACACUUUCACCCCCUUCCAGUCCGGGACACUUCCCCCCCUUCCAGUCCGGACACUUUCCCCCCCCUUCCAGUCCG